GCGGGGUCAAUGUACCUACAUACGUCCAGCCUCUGUCAUUCAAUUUACUCUCUUUACCUCGGCCUCUUCCUUGUUCAAUCGUCAUGCCAGCCUCAACUUCCGCGGUUUGCCAACCACUCAGCGACUCAACAACCUACAUAUACUCCGACCUCGACAAUGGCUUCACGCCUCCAACUUCAUGUCUGGGUCGCAGCUUUACGUCAGUGCCCGACGGCUACGACCGCUACGCUUCAUCUACAGCAGGAACCAAAACGAAGACAUACAUUUCACUAGAUGUUUAUCGCGGACGAGAUCCAGCUUGCUUCCCACCACGGUUUCCAGCCGCAUGUUCAUAUACAGCCACGUUUACACAAGUUGCGGGACAGCUCUACGGUGACAUUCCGGCUCUACCUCAAUCGAGCAUCGAGGUGACAGGAGUUACAUGGUCAGAGACGCACUAUGUAUACUCACCAGCCACCUGUCCUGAACAUUAUGCGACCAUGAGCAUACGAACAGAUGCUACUGCCGGGAAUGUGACAAGUGCGAUCUGCUGUCCAAUCUCAGCCGUCCUCCAGAAUACAACGAUGAUUUUCUCGAGCUCUGUCAUGAAUCUUUUCGCACCUACUAUUAAGGUUGCAUGGCAUAAAUCAGACAUGAUACGCUGGCGAGAUGCACCUGCUACGUCUACUCCUACUGUGCUGGUGCCAUCAUCUACUUCUAAUGCGGACACUGAGGACUCCAGGCCGUCUUCAAAUAUGGCCAUCAUUGCUGCCACUGCAGUGGGCUCUAUUGCUGCAGUCGCGAUAGUAGCUGCCAUAGCUCUAUUGUUCUGGCGGAGACGAACGAAAUGGAGUAGGCUUCCGAAAAAUGACGAUUCAAGUGCGCACAAAGUCGAGCUGUCAGGUGAGGGCAAAAACCAUGCAGAGCUCUCAGAUGAUAUGGGUCUGCAUGAAUCGGAAGCGCAAGACCGGCCAAAGGAAGUCGCUGAGCAGCGUGCACCUGCCGAACUUGACAGUGGAUGGAAUGGCUGGGAGGCGCCGGCCUUGCUCGAUCUUGACUUCUCAAACUUUGGCACGGAUCAAGACGUCGUGGAGAACAGCCCAGCAACGUCAGAUUGUGGGAGCAGUGUGCAGCAGACGCCUGUAGAACUGAUUGCUAGGCGAUAA